AUGGACGAGCGGCUGGGCCGGUGGCUGCUGCUGCCGCCGCUGCUGGCGCUCCUCUUCCUCCUGGUCCUCUACCAGUAUGCCCCCGGCUGCCCCCCUCCGCCGCCCCCCUCCGCCUGCCGCCCCGCCGGGGACCCGCCGGCGCGGAGGCCGCAGCAGGAGCCCCGGCCGCCGGGGACGCCGUGCCGCCGCCGCCGGGGCCGCUUCGACAUGCGGGGCCGCGACGUGAUGGUCUUCCUGCACAUCCAGAAGACGGGCGGCACCACCUUCGGCCGCCACCUGGUGCGCAACAUCCGCCUCGAGCAGCCCUGCCGCUGCCGCGCCGGGCAGAAGAAGUGCACCUGCCGGCGGCCCGGCGGGGAGGGGGGCGGCGCCGACCAGGGCGACACGUGGCUCUUCUCGCGCUUCUCCACCGGCUGGAGCUGCGGGCUGCACGCCGACUGGACCGAGCUCACCAGCUGCGUGCCCGCCGCCAUGGAGCGCCGCGGGGGCUGCCCCGCCAACCGCACCCGCAGGAACUUCUAUUACAUUACAAUGCUGAGGGACCCUGUAUCACGGUACUUGAGCGAGUGGAAACAUGUCCAAAGAGGAGCGACAUGGAAGACUUCCCUCCACAUGUGUGACGGGAGGAGCCCCACACCAGAAGAGCUGCCUAUGUGUUACCUAGGAGAUGACUGGUCUGGGGUCAACUUACAGGAGUUCAUGAACUGUAGCCAUAACCUGGCUAACAACCGCCAGGUGCGCAUGCUGGCAGACCUCAGCCUGGUUGGCUGUUAUAAUUUGACCUUUAUGAACGAGAGUGAAAGAAAUCUGAUCCUUCUGCAAAGCGCCAAGAACAACCUGAAAAACAUGGCCUUCUUUGGACUCACAGAGUUUCAGAGGAAAACUCAGUACCUUUUCGAGAGGACAUUUAACCUGGAGUUUAUCUCCCCUUUCACUCAGUACAACAUCACGCGAGCCUCUAAUGUGGAUAUCAGUGACUUGGUGCGGAAGCAUAUAGAAGAGCUGAACUUCUUGGACAUGCAGCUAUAUGAAUUUGCUAAAGACCUAUUUCUGCAGCGCUUUCAGUACGCCAAACAAGAAGAGCACGAGCAAAAUCGUCAGAAACGACGGGAGGAACGAAAAAUGUUGCGCGAGCAGAAGGUUCGUGAAUGGCGAAAGGAGGGACAAGAAGAAAUAACUGUUACUGAGGAUUAUAAUAGUCAAGUGGAACACUGGUGAAUUUGCCUUCUGUGUACACACUUAUAUUGACAGUUUGU